UUCGGCGCGUCCGUCUCGGGCGUCGACCUCAACCAGCUCUCGCGCGAGGACUUCAAGGAGAUCGAGUACGCCCUGUACAAGUACCGCCUGCUCGUCGUGCGCGAUCAGCCCGACCUGCGCCCCGAGUCGCAGUACCGGAUCAACUGCCUGUUCGACCCGGACGCGACAGGCAAGCAUGGGGUGCGUCGCAAGAACCUCACGGGCGGCCUUCCCUCGGUCCCGGACUGCGAGAUGGUGCGCAUCGUCGGCCGCGGCACGCUCCCCGCCGGUCACUACGGCACGACCGAGCCGAUGGAGCUCAAGGCCGGGUCGCACCAGGCGUGGCACAAGACGCCGUUGAGCGACGACGAGCUCGCGAGCGGCGACACGAGGUUCUCGCGCUGGCACCAAGAUGCGCAGUACAAGCCGGGCAACCACACGGCGCGCGUGACCACCAUCUACGCGCACACGCUCCCGCACGGGCCCGACGUCAAGAUCCGGUGGGACGACGGCUCGGGCUUAACGAUGAGCGCCCAGCCCGGCCGCACGGCGUUCAUGGACGCGACGAAGAUGUACGAGGCGCUGAGCGACGAGGACAAGCGGUGGGUCGACCACAGCCUCGUCGAGUACGCUCCCUCGCCUUACGAGUUCAUCAUCAACUGCAAAGGCCUCUCGAACGGCUUUGGCAUCUCGUCCGACGACCUCGAGACGCCGAUCGAGGACCUGCCGCUCCCCGAGUCGCAGGCCGAGCGCCUCCCGCUCGUGUGGCUCAACCCGGUCACGGGCGAGAAGGCGCUCCAGUUUCACCAGAUCAUCGUGCGCAAGAUCCACUACCGCACGAGCGACGACGGCGAGUACCGCGUCAUCGACGACUUGCGCGAGGUGCGCAAGAUGCUCGACGACCUGCAGCGCCCGUUCCUCACGCCGUCGAACGUGCUCGUCGCGCCUCAAGAGCAGGGUGACCUCGCCAUCUGGCUCAACCGCGCGUGCCGGCACUCGCCCGUC